UAAUUGGCGCCAAAAAGGCUGUUCAUAGCUAUUUGAAAUUUCUUGAUCACAAAAUUUUUAACAUCUUAGCCAUGGCUAAUGAGAAUACGAUUCCUGAAUUCAUCAAUCUUAGUUUGAGCGAACAUAAGCGAGUUGAUUAUCUAGACUGGAGCGAGUACUUUAUGGCAACUGCUUUUUUGGCCGCUAAACGAAGUAAGGACCCCAACACUCAAGUUGGUGCGUGUAUUGUGAACAGCGAGAACAAGAUUGUCGGAGUUGGCUACAACGGUUUUCCAAUUGGCUGCAAUGAUGACGAUUUCCCGUGGGGUAAGGAGAGCAGUGAUCCUUUAGAAACGAAAUAUUUGUACGUAUGCCACGCAGAGAUGAAUGCUAUUCUAAAUAAAAAUAGUUCCGAUGUUAAAGAUUGUACUAUCUACGUUGCCUUGUUUCCUUGUAACGAAUGUGCAAAGAUUAUUAUACAAUCAAAGAUCAGAGAGGUCGUCUACAUGUCCGACAAACAUGCCCAUAAGAACACGACGAUUGCGUCUAAAAGAAUGUUGGAAGCCUCUGGUGUAAAAUAUCGGCAAUUUAUACCAAAGAAUAACCGGAUUGUAAUUGACUUCUCCGAAAUAGAUUGGGACAAUUUGAAUCAAUUGCCCACAACUCCUGUUAGAAGCAAGGAUAUUCAAAGAUGUAUCAAUAGUGAAUAGAGCAGUUUUAUAUAUAAAACAGUGAUAAUUU